AUGACUCAGAAUGAAGACGAGGUUGUUAACCCUAAUGAAGCAGAGCAAUCCGCUUUAUUGAAGCAAGUCUCACACAGCCAAAUAUUACAGAGCAUAGUCUCUGAGAAUGAGUGUGCACUUAGCUGUGAUUCAUCGCAAUCCGAUGUAUUUUAUUCCGAAGAUGAAAAUGACGAGCAUUUUUAUCAUUCACCAACUCAUGACCCUCUGGUAUUUAAGGACUUAGAAGAAGAUAAUUUUCAUGCAGUUAUUGAUGAUGAGUACCAGGAAGAGGUAAUGGAAGAUGACGAGGGCUUUGAACUAUACACAUACAGCGCUGAAGAUGAAGAGUCUUGCUCGGAUAAUCCAUUUACUGAUUAUUCAUCGCAGGUGAAUACCUACAAGAGCGGGAAAACAAAGUUAAACCGAAAAGCGUCCUCGCAAGUGAAUAUGUUAGUAGAAACAGACUCUAGUCCUCAGCUCCAGGAAUCCACAUUUCAUCCGUUUGUGGACCAAACACCGAACUCUGGAUUUCAGGAAGAUGAUGAAAUCGACAAAAUGUUUUCACGUGUUUUGGAUACUGAAGUGAAAGAAGAUUCUGUAUCUGAACCCGAACUGGCACAUAAUUUGGAUCGUUCCGAACAAGGCACAAAUAAUAAUUUUAAUGCAAAGGAUGGAGAUAUUUUAAACAGCGGAAUUGAAAACUCGCCAUCAUCCAUGAAAAUAGAUAGCGAAAAGUUUGAAGUUUUUACCCCCUCUGAACUGUUGUCGCCAGAGAAAGCUGUGGGCACAGCUGCCGAUAAACCGGAACUUACAUGGAAAGCAACAAGCUAUGAUGCAAUCUUCAAUCGCUUGGGUGAUAGCGUCUUUUCUGGGAAUUCAAAACAUGUUUAUGAGCCACAUUUAAACCUCCACAUGUUUAGAAUCCAAUUUAAGUAUACAUGCAUUAGUGAAUCUAGAAAUAUCAACUUUAUGCUAGAUGAUGUCAUUGAUUCUGGAAAUUUUAAGAUAAAGUUAUCUGGAAACCCAACUGUGAAGCCUACGGCUACAAAAAUUCUUCUUUUGUACGCCAAUUCCGAUAGGCAAAUUCUUGAGUUUAAAAUCGUUCCUUCGAAAUUUGAUCCAAAACCAAGGCUUGCAUAUAAGAUAUAUUAUAGUGGUACCUUCGUUAGGAUUCCAACUCCUCUAAAGUUUCGUAGAAGGCUUCGUAUAUUAUCCCUGGAUAAUAGUGAAAACCUUGGGACUUCUAUCAUAGCUACUUUGUAUUUAUUGGAAAAACACUUAAAUGAAGUAAAACAAAAAGAGUCUAGACUCACUGACUAUUUUGAUUUUAUUUGUGGCACAGGUACAGGUGCCCUAAUAGCUCUUUGUCUCCUAAAGGGAUACACCAUCAAAGAGUUGAGAACGCAGUGGCAAAUAAUCAUUUCUGGUCUAUUCAAAUGGAAUUAUUCACUUCCUUCUGGUUUGAUUUUUGAUCGCUAUUAUACUGAGGAGUUUAAAAGUAACUGGGUUGACAUUUUGGGUACAGACUUCAUGAUUACUAAACCUGAACCCCUUUGUAUGAUCACUUGUACAAAUGUCAAAUCAAAUCCAUAUGAGUUGUUUUUGUUUAGAAAUUACGGGGAUUCUUCACUCGGUACCGUUAAAAGUACUCCGUACGCACCAAUGUGGCUAGCAGGUUGGUCAUCUUGCGCACUUCCAACCUAUGUUCGUGGACCAAGUGGAAGAUACUUGAAUGACCUUGGUUACCAGUUUUCAGAUAAGGUUCAUUUGGUAGACGGUAGCUUCGUAUGCACAAGUCCUGGCUUGGUAGCGUUACAAGAAUUGAGCACUUUAUACAACGUCGGCUUGAGGUCCCUCAUAGACGAUCACCUGGAUUUAUUCAUAUCCAUUGGCGCCAACAAAGAUGAAUCUGAUGCCGAACAUGCAUACGCAGCACCUGUUUGA